AUGCAUUUGCGGCGCAGGCUUAUUAGACAAAGACUCUCGGCCCUUGCAAGGCGCAGACGGCAGACAAGACAAGAAGAAGAGGAGGAGGAGGAGGAGGAGGAGAGAUGGACUGCAGGCACGAUUUAUCAUGCCCAUGCAGGGGAUUUUCCCCUCUCCAUGAAGAAGAAGAGGAGGAGCAGAAGGGGAUGGCUGUCCGGCCUCCUUGCGAUCACAUCAUGCUGCAUCUUGCAUCUUGCAUCGCAUCAACCCAUCGACCAGAUUUCAUGCAAGCCAGGCCUUAUCGAUAAAGCAAACUUCCGCUAA